GCUCGGGGUCGCGGCCCGCUGGCGCUGCCUCGAGGCGGCCGGGCACGCUGACGCCGCGCUCCUUGUUUGUGCGCUGAGGUCCGCCGGCGGCAUGCUGGGCAGGAGGCACAAGAAAAGCCCUCAGGCCAAGGGCCAGGGAGCCGCGGUGGCGAAGCAGCUGGGGCUGUUUGUAGAUUUCAAUCCUGAAGAGAUGCUACUGAGUGCAGAGGAAGGUGGGGAUGAUGGUGAUCUAGAAGCAGAGCUUGCUGCUAUCACAGGAGCAAAGGUGAAAGAAGGGAAAACCAAACCAAAAGGAAAAACUCCUCUGCCCAUGGAUCAUAUUGAAAAGAUGGCUGCAGAGUGCAUGAAGGACCUGAAUGAAGAUGAGGAGGAAGCAGAGGAUGAAGACUUGGAGAAAGAUACAGAUCUGUUGGCAGAAUUGCAAGAAGUUCUGGGAGUGGAAGGUGAGACGGGAAGCUGUGAGGAUGAAACAGUAACAAUGGAGCAGUCUGUAGCUGAAGCAGAAAAUGAGCAACCUGAACUGCAACCACAGACCACCUCGCUUGCUGCUGUCACCAGUGAGCUGCAGCAGACAAUAGAGAAGAGAAUUGUUAACUAUAGGACGGCAAUUUCUAACGCAAAGGACUUGGGUGAGAGUGCCAAACUACGGCGGUACGAAAGAGGCCUUAAGACACUGGAAACCAUGCUGGCUGCAGUGAAGAGAGGCAAAAAAAUCAAUGAGGAAGAAGUGCCACCUCCUGUUGCAAUAGGAAAAAGCUCGUCUCACAUAUCUCAAGCCACAGGAGCAGAUCAGGAAAAUUCAGGAGAUUCAGUCAGUGUCCCACCAGAGAGCAGAGCUGAGUCUUGUGCAGGUGAUGAGCAGAAGAACUCACAUGAAGCAAAGCAGCACCUGGAAUUGGAAUCUCUACAGAGUCAUGCUGCUUCUAGUCCUACCCUGGAAACAGAUCUCCAUAGCAGUGGCACACGAGAAAUACUACUUAAGAGGCAGAAGGAGUAUAAAUUAGCAGCUCUGAAAGCCAAGCAGCAAGGGGACCUGGAAAAGGCAAAGGAAUAUAUGAAAAUAGGCAAGAAAUUUAAUGUGGUCUUGGAAGCUCUGGACAGUGGGCAGCCAAUAGACCUCCAGAACAUGCCUCCAUCUCCUCAGGAUCUGGAAAGCUUAGGAAAUGCACAAGAUACAUCCAAGCAAAAGGUACCAGCUUCGGUGGGAAGUUCUCAGGGUCUUGCAGCACUUGAUUCCCAAACCCAAGAAGCUUCAGCUUCCCUGCAGGAGCCAAAAACAGUGCUGGAAGCAUUGCAGCAAAGGCUUGAAAAGUACAAGUCGGCAGCAGCACAAGCUAAAGCAAGUGGGGAUGAUCGGAAAGGCAGAAUGCACGAGAGGAUAGCCAAGCAAUACCAGGAUGCCAUAAGAGCCCAUAAAGCAGGGAGAAAAGUUAACUUUUCUGAGCUACCUGUUCCUCCUGGAUUUCCCCCCCUUCCUGGUGUUGCAGCACCAAAUGAUGACAGAACUAUAGCUGCUGUUCUGGAAAAUGCCAGCAAGCUGGCAAGCAUGGAGGAUAACGAUGAAGAGGACGAGAAUGAACUUCUGACACAGGCCCCAGUUGCCAAGAAGCCUGCUCAGCUGCCUGGAAAGCCGACUCAGGUUGUUAAGCCCAUUACAGUGCCAUCUGCUGUAGCUGAGGAGGAAAGCUCUCCUGAGUGUGUAAAGCAAGUUGCAUCGCCCUCCAGCCCGGACAAGGCAGAGCCAGUGGAUCAUCUUCCUCCAGCUGCUAGGGAACAACUGGAACUUCUGGAGAACAGAAAGAAGCAAUACAUGAAAGCAGCCAUCAAAGCAAAGAAGGAAAAUAAUCUUGAACAGGCUAAGAUGUAUCUCAGAACAGCUAAGACCUUUGACCUAAAGAUUGAGGAAGCAAAAUGUGGCAAACUCGUUGAUAUUUCCAAGCUGCCAUCACCCCCUACAGAUGAAGAGGGUGAUUUUAUCUUUAUACACCAUGAAGAUGUCAGACUAUCUCAGAAAGCAGAUGAGGUAUACACACAGCUCAUAAAACUGCUGAAGGACCAACAUGAGAAAUGUUUGCAGUAUUCCAAGCAGUUUAUGCAUCUGGGAAAUGUAGCUGAAACGACUCGGUUUGAGAAGCUGGCACAAGGGUGUAAAAAGGACUUGGACAUCCUACAGCUUGCACGAGCACAAGGAAUGGAUCCCCCAAGCCAUCACUUUGAGGAGAGAACUUUUAAGAUGAUAAGGAUAUUUUCUGAGCUCAACAGCACAGAAAUGCACCUUCUUAUUGUCAGGGGGAUAAACCUACCAGCUCCACCAGGUGUGGCACCUAAAGAUUUGGAUGCCUUUGUGAAGUUUGAAUUUCAUUACCCGAGCACGGAGCAACCUCAAAAGAGUAAAACGCCUGUAAUUAACAACAACAACUGUCCAGAAUACAACCAGCUGUUCAAGUUAAACAUCAACCGAAAUCACAGAGGUUUCCGACGAGCAAUUCGGUCCAAAGGAAUUAAAUUUGAAGUAUAUCAUAAAGGGUCCUUUUUCAGAAGUGACAAGCAUGUGGGAACAGCACACCUGAAACUGGACAAGCUAGAGUCGGAAUGUGAAGUUAGAGAGAUCAUCGAGAUAUUUGAUGGCAGAAAACCCACUGGAGGGAAGCUGGAAGUAAAAGUGAGACUCAGGGAGCCCCUCAGCGGUCAGGAUCUUCAAACAGUUACAGAAAAUUGGCUGGUCCUUGAACACUAGUUCCUAUAUGAGCUCCACAAGAAGGCUGAGAUGUGGGAUGAACGUGUAUGAAGAGAGAUGCUGCUAGCUGCAAGCACCAAAGACGUUACAAAAAUGCACUACUGAACCUGAUGUCUCUUUUGGUAACAGCCAUAGUGCUUAUUAAUAAUUUUAAGGCAAAUGUAAGGCUCAGAAAAUUUGCUGCUGCAGGGUGUUGUUAUUUUGUCUACACAAAAUAGACAGAAUUGCCUUAAUGUGGGACUACUAACGUAGCACCAGGAUGAAUGUUACAUUAACUAUGCAGAGUGGUGUGCGGAAGGUUUAGCCCUUUAAAACAAAAUUCCCUGAGGCAGCACAGAAACUUUUCAGUCAAGGUCCAGGUAAGGCCUUUCAUAGAUAGAUAUAUUUUUUGUUAAGUGUACAACACUCAGUGCGGUACAGGGAGCAAUCUGCUGCAGCUUUUUCUGCUUAUCAUCGACUCUUUGUUCCCCCCACCCUCUGCCCAGUGGCAGUUUCCUAAAAUAGAGGGGAGAAAACUCAGGCAGAAUUCUGGCAGCAGCAUCCCCCCUCCUCUACGCUUGCCACUGCAGCAGGAAGUUCAGCUUCUGAGGAUGCUGCCUUCCAGAAGAGAAGGCUGCAAUGCUUCUUAGCAGCAGGUGCUUACAGAUCUGCAUUUUUGUUCUGGCUACGCUGUCUGCCAUGCUUACUGCACUGCUUACUGCAGGGCAGCCGGAGUACUGUGCCUUUUCUUGUCUGUUUGUUUAUUUAAAAAAGAAAAAAGAGAUACGCUAGACUGCUGCUUCACAAAUGGUCAUUGUCUUUUUUUACAGAAAUAGGCUUUCACAGUUCUUCCAGGUGAUGGGAAAAUGGCCACUCUGUGGUGUGUAGAAAACUGGAUUAGGAUUUCAGGAAUGCUUUGAAUUAGCAGCAAUAAAAAAAAAGGUACCAAAUACAUUUGUGCGCUUAAAUCUCGCGAGCCAACAGCAAUGAGUGACCUCAGAAGAGAGGAUGUGCCCUCAGCAGGGCGGUGCAGUGCGGCUGUUGGGGGCGGUGGGGAAGGCAUGGCUGUAGGCAGGAAAGAGUCCAGAGCAGUUGGGCAGUGCUGCCUGUCUUCCUGAGCAGAUGAAGACAAUACAGUAUUUAGUUUUUAAUUUCAAUAAAUUUAAUAUACAAAACUACAUGUUGAAAAUAAAAAUAUAAUAUGCAGUUUUUUGCAGUGUUAACUAA